CUCGCUAUGCCGUCGUUGAAAGAACGCUUGCUUUCUGCUGAGGAUACCUUCCUCUCUGCACUUAGUCAAGGAGGAAGUGCUCUAACCACCUUUAACAAAGAUUGGGUAGCCCUUAUGGCCGAAGUCGAUUUGGCCGUGGACGCGGAAGCAUUGGACCCGGAGACGUCUCUGCUCGUGCAGACAACGACCUACCGUAUAGCCAUGCUAGCGGAAACAUCCAUUGAAUUAGUGGAACUUCAUGAAGCCUACACAUCCCAAUUCAUGGACCAACUCGACUCGUUGAUGUCAGAGCUUUCUUUGGUAGACCAUGCGACGAUGUCUGGCCGCUCCCGUUCCUCCUCCCCCUCAGCAUGCGAAUCAGACACUCUUGCGACCUGCCGUUCCACGUGUGGAGGGGUUCCCUACACAAACAGACCACCAUCUUUGAAAAGGCGGAGGGAUCCCGAUGACACGAUCUCAGAAACGCUCAAACGUCCCCGCUACAUCUGCAUUGUCGAAAACGAUGACACCCCCUCCAAGGAUAUCUCAUCCCUCCCUGUCCCCUGCCGCAAUCUCUCAACCCCCGUGUCCCCCGAUUCUCCGGUAUAUCCUCCGGCGCCGUCGGGAAGGUACCCGCAUCCCAUCAGCGUGCCUAUUCCCUCUAGCGUAAACAAGCGAAAACGGCGGCUCUCGGAGUCAGACGGGUCCCUCUCACCUCAAUCAUCCAAACGCCACGUGGUCGGGCCACGUCUCCAUGCCGUGUCCGAGUCCUUUGUCGCUCGAGCCACCGCUCCUCUUUCUACAACAUUAUCGCCGGAGGCUCCCCUCACCACCAAUUCCAUCGAAUCUCACGAUUCCCUCGCGUCAUCGGGCUGCCAGACUUAUGAAGAGCAGUCAUGGGGGCAAGUCGACAUAUUAUCUCAUGUGCCUCUACCUACGGAUUUCUUCCUCGGAAGCUAUUCAGGCAAUAUCUGGAGCACGACUGCAUUCUCGGAGUCUGGAGACGACGUCAUCGACAGUUUGGUCCAGUCCCUCUCCGAGAAUGUUGAUCAGUUCGCAGGGCGGCUUGACCCCUCCGCCAUCCAGUUCUCGGCGUUGUUCACGACCCCAGCGUACGACCUGGCGUAA